AUGGUACGGUUAAAUAAAAUGUGCUCUAAUUCACAAACAUGUGACAAAGACAAAUUAAUUAUGGAAGAAAUUAAAUUAUUUCACGUUUUUGACGACAAACGCGGAUAUAAUGUACUGUUUGUGACAAACAAUGACUGCGUGUAUGGGUUAGGCUCUAACGGCGGCGGAUCACUGGGUUUUGGGCACAACCUUCCCGUCCGAUCGCAACAACUUAUACCACAAUUAUGUGACAAAAAUAUACGACAAUUUAUAACUGGCGUUGACUUUGUGUUGGCUAUUACUGAUAGCAAAACGGUGUAUGGUUGGGGUAUUAAUGACCAUGGGCAAUUGGCUAGACCACCUUGUUCAGAUCAGUGUUUACCAAAAAUCAUUGAAUUUUUUACUGUCAAAAAUAUACACAAAAUAUGUUGUGGUUAUUAUCAUUCUCUAGCGUUGACCAGUGAUGGCCGGGUAUACGCGUGGGGACAGAAUAUGUUUGGCCAAAUAGGGUGCACAGACGUUGAGCAUAGUAGCGUAUCUGUUCCCAAAGUAUUAGGUUUUAGUGAAAACUGUGAAAUUAAUAGUGUCUACUGUUCACUCUACUCGUCAUUUGCUAUAACAACUGAAGGACGAGUGUUUAGUUGGGGUCGAAAUCAUUGGUAUAAUUUGGGACACAAUGACCACAACGUGUUGACACCCCGUAUAAUACCGGGUGUUUGUAAUGUGCAGACUGUGAGAUCAAAUGGCAAUCAAACUUGUUUUUUAACUCGCGAUGGUUUUGUGUAUAUUUGCGGUCAAUAUCAUGAAAAUGAAUUAAACUUGAUGCAGAAAUCACCAAUUAUAAUACCAAGUUUAAAUAUGUGCAUGGAAUUAGAUCUAGUUCUUUCACAUCAAAAUAAAAGGAAGAGUUCCGCGGUAAUCAAUGAUUACAACAGACUCUUUGAAGAAUUAGCAAAACUAAAUGCUGGUGAGCAUGAUCAAUUUUACUCGGAAUUAAACCACCUAGUUGCUGUUCGGUCUGAAUACGUGGUCAAAUACAUAGACUCGUGGUUUGAGGGGAAUCUAUAUUACAUACAAAUGGAGUUGUGUUCGGAUAGUCUUAGAAAUAUUUUAAAGAAAAAACUCGACGUUUUUCCUCAAGAAUCGGGACAACCGAUGAAUUGUGUCGAGUAUUACAUAUCGUGCGAAAUAUUUCGUGAACUCUUACAAUGCGUUCAAUAUCUGCAUGAAUUGUCGCCACAAAUCAUACACCGAGACCUCAAACCUGACAAUAUAUUAGUCUCAAUGAAUGGGUCCUAUAAUAAUGGCAACUAUUUUAAACUAUGUGAUUUUGGUUUAGCCGCUAUACACGAUAAGAAUGCGUAUGAGUUAACCGGCGGUAAACACUCGGCAGGUGUGGGAACUGUAGGCUUUCAGGCCCCGGAAGUGUCCCGUGGACUGCCCUACAACCACUUGAGUGAUGUGUUUAGUUUGAGCAAAAUUGGUGAAAUUCUAUUUGAUCUAGAUAUUUCUGAUGUGGAUCCAGAUUGUCCAGGACUGUAUUCAUCAAAUGAAGUGUUGAAUAACUCGUGGUAUAAUUUGGUAGAGGUGUUGGCGGCCAUGUACUCGACUCCCCGCUGGGAAUUGAGACCCGAGUGCUCACAAUCGAUUACGAAUUAA